GGUGAGCAGACGCGUCCCAUUUGGCCUUACUCUGCACUUUCACAGGUUGUCACGGCAACUGGCUAGCUUACUCCUGCAUGGUAGUCUGCAAGCCAACUUUACCUGACUAAAGCAAACCUGCUCAAACUUGUCAUACAACGUUUCUAAACUGAAUUCCCAAGACUGCAAUUACUCCAGCUACGGAAAAGCGAACCCAGUCUUUAAAUCCGUUUCUGAUGGAGCUAAGGCGGUCGACACUAGUCAUGACGGUGUGCUAGUGCUGAAUGUUCGAAUAACCUUCGACACAUUGAGUUGGCGUGUAGUGUAGCAAAGGACACAACCCAAAGGCGAAGGAAAGGGUGGUUUCCCACCUGAGCCUCUCAAAUCUGCCAGUUCGAGCGUCACCAAAAUUCUCUCAAGCCAGUCGUCUCGCUAGCGACUGGAGAAGAAAGCAGCGUUAAUGAAACGGCUCUGCGAUUCCCCGUCUGUCGCUCACGGGGCGUCAUGGCGCUCGCGUCACACCCCAAGGACGUUAAGCUCCACGGCAAGGACUCUCCGUCGUUUCCAGGAAUCUUGUCGGACUCGUCCUCGUCCGUGGCGUCAGAAGGUGUGACGGAGUCCGUGACGUCCUCGGAGUCUGUGGCGGGAGCGACCUCGUCGUCCCUCCCGCCGGCGCCGGACGGGGGUGGGGAUGGUUCGUGCUGCUGGGCGCCUUUGUCAUCAAUAUCGUUGUGGGCGGCACCUCCUUCUCAUUCGGCGUCAUGUACGUGCACCUGCUGAAGGAGUUCCAGCAGAGCAAGAGCGCCACAGCCUGGGUGGCCUCCAUCUUGUACUGCGUGUCCUUGCUGCUGGGCCCAGUGGCCAGCACGCUUACGGUCCGCUUCGGGCUGCGCAAGGUCACAAUCGCUGCGGGGCUGGUCACCACCGCCGGCUUCCUGGCCAGCGCUCUCGCACCCUCCCUGUGGGUGCUAUACUUCACCUUCGGUGUAGUGGUGGGGGCCGGCUUCGCCGUGUGUGACGUCACGGCCUCUGUGGCGGUGGCCUACUACUUCCGGAAGCGGCGCGCGCUGGCUACGGGGUUGUCUGAGUGCGGCACGGGUAUCGGCACCUUCGCCUUUCCUCCGCUGUGCGAGGCACUGGUGGACACCUACGGCUGGCGCGGCGCCUUUGUCCUCAUGGGCGGCAUCGCUCUGCACGUAACCGUCUGCGGGGCGCUCUUCCGCCCGCUGGACGCCUUCGACCGCCUAGCUGGCUCGCCUGUCGUCUGGAUACUCCGCCUCCUGGCCCAGAGCAGAUCAGUGACUCUGCGUCGCUUAAACAAGCUUUUCCAGGAGGGGACGCCGAUUUGGGUGUGUCUCCCAGUUGCAACAAUGUCGAUGCCCCUGCUGCCGGACCCUGAUGUCAUUUUUCGCCAUUGCACGUCACUACCCAUGACGGCCAGCUGUCCCGAGCUGCACUUCGGCCGUGCCGACAGCGUUUCUGACCAGACAUCAUCUCAGAAGUACUCUGUGUGUCUCUCCAAGGCGAAGGACUUGCUUAAGGCCGCUUUCGACAAGGAGAUCCUCAGACACUCGCCAUUUCUACUGUUCACCGCUUCUAACUUCCUGAUGUACUUCUGGGGCGAUGUCCCCUACCUGUUCGCGAAUGACUUUGCCCUGGAGAGAGGCGUGCCCGACACCCAGGCCAGUUUCCUCAUCUCCAUCAUCGGAAUCGUCAAUACAGUGGGGCAGGUUAUCUAUGGCGUGAUCGGCGACACCAGCUGCAACCUCACCGUUGUCUUCGGAGUGUCGGUCGUGGCGUCAGGCGUGGUGGUGGUGCUGCUGCCUUUCGCAGAGUCCUACUGGUUCAUGGCUGUACUCUGUGGUCUCUACGGCUUCUUCGACGCUGCUUGCUAUGCCCUCAUCACCGCCAUUCUGGUCAGUUACGUCGGACUGGACAAGCUGGCCCACGCCUAUGGCCUUGUCAUGAUGGGCAAGGGUCUUGCUAACCUCGGGGGCCCUCCCGUGGCGGGAUGGCUGACCGAUGAGACCAGCUACACCGUGGCUUUCUCUGUGGGUGGAAGCAUCAUCAUCCUCUCGGGCCUCAUCCUCUUUCCCUCCUACAUCGUCGGGGUGUGCCGUCGUCAUCGUUCUGGGACGUCGUGACCACGAGGGUGGGGCUGACGUGGUCACGUGGCAGGACGCUGGGUGUGGCAAGCCCUUGGUUAAGGAAAUAAUGGUGGGGACGCCGAAUGCAGUGUGAAGAAAGGGAUUACCUUUGAUGAACGACUACCGGAGCAACAAAACAAACUAAACAAAAAAGUACCAGAACGCUGAAUAAUUCUUGCAGAUUUGGUACCAGUGAUGGUACUAAUAGUAUAGUAAAACCUCCUUAUUAACACCUUCCUUAUUUCGACCCUUUCUUAGAUACGAUCCAGACAUUUUUCCACGGACGUAUUUUGGAAUGUACACGUCAUCUAUUUCGACUUCCCCGCCAUAGCGACUUACGACUUACAAAAGCUUGUGCUCGAUUCCGGCUUUUUACAGAUAUCGUGUGUUGAAAAAAAUAAACAGUACAUUUUAAAAUAGACUGCUUCUGACGACCGUUGGCCCCAGAUUGCAGCUUUUUGCAGAAAUAACGUAAAAUAAAUUUAAGUACAUAUUAAACGAGACUGCAAGUUCUUUGGGUCCACGGUCAUUUGGACCUAAAACCAAAUCGACCACUCUCCUUUAAUCGAAUCGACCCCAUCAUGACCUCGGCCUACGUAAGACUACAUAGUCCCAACACCGACAGUCGAAUUGACCCAGUAUAGUAUGGCUGAACCAAUUGGGUCGUAUUGGGUCGAAAUGACCAAAUGGAAUUUGGCAAGUCUUAAUGAGGUUUUACUCUAGUAAUUAUUACAUAGAGACUUUCGUUUACUGGGGGCACUCGCGCACAAUCGAAGCGAAUUGCAUUUAAUCCUCUCAAUACACCAGUAUCCAGUUUCGAGGUGACCAUAUUUCGCAGAGGCAUGGAAUCAGUAAUUAUUUAGAAACCACAAGCUGAAUAGUUAGUGAGAAAGCUGAAACACCUGACUAACAUUUGCAUGUGGAAGCAAACAGACUACUUACUUCUGGAUGAAAAAAGUAAAAUCUUUUGAUUAUAGAACAGAAACAAUUUACUUUGCAAGAAAAGCUUAUGUCUAAAAUCUCGUAAACGAUCGGUUUCACGAAAGGAGUCGGAUGUAAGAUUUCGCUAAAUAGCCAGUCAUAGCUUGCUAAAGUAUUUAUAACAUAUGUAUCAACGACACUGGAUACAGGUCUAUUGCUUAUUUAUAAUUUAACUUAAAAGUAUUCCUACAAUCGGGGAAACAGUUUGUUAUCAAUGCUUAUAUGAUAAUCUGAGAAUGUCAGCUGUUUUAUAACAUUGAUCUCAGCUUUAAAGAUUUUUCUGGAAUUUUAAUUUUUUUUAUUCCAGUCAAGCUUUACAUAGUUACGAUAACUGCAUCAUGCAUUUAUAGCAGAAGUGAUAUAAUCCCAAACACAUUUUCCGUCACACCUGUAGCUGAUGUUUUGAGCCUAUGCACCGUGCAUAAAACUGUUUGUUUUCUGUACAGUGUACAUAUACAUGCAGUCUUUCUACAAGAUCGUCUGUGCCUGGAGUUUGACAUCAUUUUACACCAUUGUUUGUGUACUGUGAUACGAAUUUGAUAGUAAAGCUUUUUUUAAUUUUUACAAAAUUUCAUCUGAAGUAGAAGAAGAGCACAUCCAAAACCAUCUUUUGUUGAAUUCUGUAAAAAAAAAAUCUAGUCUUUGCGUGCAAAUAAUCAUUAGCCCCUCCUUAACAUUCUAGAACUGGGUCUAGUGACUCAUGUCCAUGUGCAAUUACAAUUACCUCUGAUUGUCGUUAGUUUGAGUUCAUUGCAAACCGACAGUUGCACAGUCUGCAUUCAAAGCCUGUUAUUUUCAACAAAGAAAAUGGUUUGUUUAUUUAUUUGUUUAUACGCUACGUCGUUUCAUAACAUCCUGACAUAUGUAUAUAUAUUGUUGCUGUCCUUGUAGAUUGCUUAAAGAUUUUGAAAUUCCAUUUCUUUCUGGUGAAGUCCAGAAUGACUCUUUAAUGGCUUGAUCUGUUUUCUGAACCGUUGUAGAUACCUGAAAGCGGUAAGGACUAGAUUUAUCUCAGACAUCGAAGAUAGCAUCUGAACAUAAAACGAACCAAAGAAAUCCCAUGUCCUCUUCCAAGGAAAAUGCCAACGAUUUUUCCCACCCCCAUACUUUCCAGUAACAUUGUUAUUGAAUGUAUUAUUAAUCGGCGUGUGCCUUGGAGUGCAUGAGAAUUUUAUCAAUUUUUAAAUUUUUAGUUUGUAAAUGUUUGCAAAUAUUGUUCCAUUCCUUGUAUACUUUCCAUAGGUGUGAAGUUAGGUAUGGGAUUGUUGCCACAGUAGUGUGGCCAGUUGUUUGGGACUGUUUGCUGUUUGAUGUAAAACAAUUUACACAAUUUAUUUCAGAGACAGAACAAACAGUUUUUACGCUGUUUCAUUGACUCAUAAUUUAUUAUAAAAAAAUGUUCUUCCAGCACGGGAUAUUUUUUCAUAGAUGUGUACUGCCUGAACUGGUUCACAAAAAUAUGAAAUUUACUACCUUAAUUAGGGGUAACUAUAUUUUGUAACUGAAUUUACGUGGAGUGUUUCAAACAUUUUUAUCAGUAGUCCGUACAAAUCUCGGAUACAGAGAGUUAUAUCUGUGACUGUUGAUACCGAAGCUGAUUCUGUGUUGCCAGUGUAAUGAAAGAUGCUACUUAUCUUUAUAAGAUCAUUAAUUCAAGAGUAGUUGUUUUUUGCACUUAAAAAAGUCUUCUUACCUCCACAUCUUCUACUAAAUGUAUGACUACAGUUGACAAACUUCCAUGUGGCAAUCAUAUACAAACCGCUAUUAUGGGUGGGGGGAUGGGUAGAAGGGUGGCACCAAAAUAAUAUUGUAAAUGGGACUUUUUGGCAGAAUCUCUGCAAAGCCCUUACGAAGUACAGUUAUUCACGACUUACUCGUGUUCAAAGUACGCGAAUGUAAAAUAACGUGUUUGAAAUAUUUUGCAAAAAUAAACUAAAAAUUUUAAAAAAAUGUAAACUGAAAAAACUUCGGCUUGCAGAAAUACUGUGCUUGAGUCUCUAUUUACUACUGAGUGUCAGUUAAAUCCUUUUCUCUUUCUCCGAAGGUUCGUAUCUUCACGGAUGUUUGUAAUCGCUAGCGAUUUCUACUGAUAUUUAUUGAUAUCACGCUGAUAGUAAAAGCCCGCUAGGAAGAGGGAGGAGGGCUUGCUUGUGAUUGAAGUUCAGUUUGCCUUUGUCAUCUCAUUAAGAUGUCUGAUGUUUUUACUUUACUUUGUACCUGUUGUCAAAGUGUCACAAUAUUGCACAAGUGUAGCUAAAGAGGGAAACAGUUCAACUGAUCCAAAGCGGGUUCUAAAGUCUACAUCUUCAGUACAAACGCUGGAAAUGCUGGCUUGAUAUGAGAACUGAACUUGGUAUGAGUGACAGUCUUGAAAAGAUCAAAUGGAAUGCGGUAGUAGGCAACAUGUGGUCAUUAUUAUUUAUAAGAAAACAUUUGUCACUUUGCACGGAUUUCUAAAUUAUGCAAAUCUUUCUCGAAUGCAUCCCUUGUAUAAAUUGUCGAGUCACCCGUAGAACGUAUUGGUGAGCAUGUAGACUAAUACGUGUUUUUGCAAGAUAGAGGUGGGAAAGGGGAGGUGGGAUGAGAGAAGAAGUGGACUUGGUAGUUGAUAGCAGUAGUGGUUUCAGCCUUCACAAGAAGCUGCAUUCCAAAGGUUCGGGUUGUGUCCAGUCUAGUGGCCAACUGCUUUAUAUAGCCUACUUGCAAAUGAGAGUGUGUGUGGGGGGAGUGUAUAUAUUUACAAGAGAGCAUACAAAUAUAUGCAGUGAGGCCUCUACUUACGAACGUUCGAGCUACGAACUUAAAUACAUACGAACAAAGUUGUCCUCAAACCACGAAUGUGUAUUACUGGACUGCUUGCAACUGAUUCCCCCCAUCCCCCAGUUAACUACUAAAACGAGGCUGGUGUAUACAAAGCUUCCGGUUUUAGUCACAUUUAUUUUUUAGGCUCGCCGAGACUAACAGCGGAGAACUUCGCAAGAGGCUAAGCGUUGGUCUCGGCAGACAGACAGCAGUCCACCUGUACACAUCCGUACUCAAGCUCAGAAGUAGUUUGUAAGGAUUGUCGUCAAGUUUAAAGUUGGCGCGUAAGGAUAGUUCGCAUGUCCAGCGAGUGGUCUGAUUUUAACUAUUAUAAACUUAUUUUAUACCUGUACUGUAGUUAUAAACUUUAUUUCAUGUACAUGAAGGUUGUUCAAGCAAAUUAAAACAACCGAAAACUAUUGUUUAUAUCGGUAAGUCUAAAAGAAGAACUGCUUGUACAUGUACUGUACUGUAAUCACAACAAACGUCCGUCCCAGUACCGACUAACAACAGACUGCCUCCUAGAACGGAACCUGUUCGUAAGAAGGGGACACACUGUCUACUAUGUACUACAUGCUGAUAAUGUCUGUUUUCAUAACUUAAACAAAUAAAAUGAUCGGGAGAGUGCUAACUUGAACAAAGGCUGUAAAUUUAAAACUAAAAAAGUAUUGAGUAAAAUCACCUGGAUGUAGUGAUCUGAUUGUAUUUUAAUUAUUGUAUACAGUUUGAAAUUUAGUACAUUUUGUCUCCUUAAAUAAACACUUACCCAAAUAUACACUCAGGAAAAGAGAA